AUGGGAAGCAUCGAAGAAAAUUGUGCCUCACUCCGGGCACAGAUAGCCACCACCGAAGCCCAACUAGCCAAUCUCAAACGCGAGCUUGCGCGCGCCGAAAGUCAAGCCGCGGCGAACUCGGAGAAUACAGCGCCCGCGGGAAGCGCCGAGGAACAUUCGAACUCACAAUCGCCAUGGCCCUUACUACAGGAGGAAUAUAAGCGGUAUGGUCGACAGAUGAUCGUAUCUCAAGUUGGUCUUCCGGGUCAGCUUAAGUUGCGUUCUGCGAAAGUCUUGCUCGUUGGAGCUGGUGGACUUGGAUGUCCGGCAGCUCAAUAUCUAGCUGGGGCUGGCGUGGGGACUAUUGGAAUGAUCGAUGGGGAUGAAGUUGAGGUGUCAAAUUUACAUCGCCAGGUCUUGCAUCGGAGUUAUAAUGUGGGGAAGUAUAAGGUGGACAGUGCAAUUGAAACGCUAAAGGAUCUCAAUCCCCACGUAACCUAUACUCCUCAUCGAGCCCACCUUACCUCAGACAACGCGCCUACAAUCUUUAAAGACUACGACAUCAUCCUUGACUGUACCGACAAUCCCGCUUCCCGAUACCUGAUCUCCGACACUGCAGUGCUCCUAGGAAAGCCACUAGUUUCAGCAUCUGCACUGCGCACAGAAGGUCAGCUUGUCGUGCUGAACCAUCCUCCCCGACCACCCGGUGAUAAAUAUGGCGGUCCGUGUUAUCGAUGCGUAUUCCCAAAACCCCCACCAGCGGACAGUGUCGUCAGCUGUGCGGAUGGUGGAAUUAUCGGCCCAGUAGUUGGUACUAUGGGUGUUUUGCAAGCGCUAGAGGCGAUCAAGGUCAUAACAACACCCGAUAUCGAUCCACAAUUGGAAACAUCCUCGAAACAUGAUCCUCCAGUUCUUCAUAUCUUCUCAGCAUAUUCGAAUCCUUUAUUCCGCACAAUCCGCCUCCGAUCCCGUCGGCCCAAUUGUGCAGUCUGCUCUGCUGCUGCGACUAUCUCACUAGAUACAAUCAAGUCAGGCUCUACGGACUAUGUAUUCUUCUGCGGCUCGGCGAGCUUACCGUCACUGCUGGGACCGGACGAACGUGUCACGCCUAAAGAGUACCGUGAAAAGCACCCAGAGUAUACUCAGAGUGGUGAUGAAAAAUCACUUAGAAGUCCGCACACCAUUAUUGACGUUCGGGAUGAAGCUCAAUUUGGAAUCUGCCACCUCCAAAAUAGUGUGAAUGUGCCGAUUUCGAAAGUCCUCGCCUCAAUACCUUCGCAAGGUUUGGAUUCUGACAAGACUGAUCAAUCGAUACAUCCAGUCGCGCCUUGGGUUCCACAAAAAGUUGCAGGAGAGGAUUCUAAUGAUCCCAUUUACGUAGUUUGCCGCCUCGGAAACGAUUCUCAGAUUGCUGUCAAGAAGUUGAAAGACAUGGGUUUGGAUAGAAGUGGCCGGCGAUUUAUCGGUGAUAUUCGAGGUGGUUUCCGUGCAUGGAAAGAGCAAAUCGAUCCUCAGUGGCCUGAGUAUUGA